AGAGGAGAAGCUCAAUGUGGGACAGCCAACACUGAGGUCAAGACCAUUGCCCCACCUCGGGCACAAAUUGAGGCUGGAGACCAGGAUUUAAGGAUCAUUAGAGAUGUCGGACUCCCUGGUGGUGUGUGAAGUGGACCCGGAGCUAAAGGAAACAUUGAGGAAAUUUCGUUUCCGAAAAGAGACCAACAAUGCCGCCAUCAUAAUGAAAGUGGACAAAGACCGGCAGAUGGUGGUGCUGGAGGAUGAACUCCAGAACAUCUCCCCAGAAGAACUUAAGUUGGAAUUGCCAGAGAGACAGCCCAGGUUUGUGGUCUACAGCUACAAGUACGUGCAUGAUGACGGCAGGGUGUCCUAUCCUUUGUGCUUCAUCUUCUCCAGCCCCGUGGGCUGCAAGCCUGAACAACAGAUGAUGUACGCAGGAAGUAAAAACAGGCUGGUGCAGACGGCGGAGCUUACCAAGGUGUUUGAAAUCCGCACCACAGACGACCUCACCGAGACCUGGCUUAAGGAAAAGUUAGCUUUCUUUCGUUGACCUUUGAGCCAGGGAUUUGGAAUCCUUACUUCUGAAGGCUCAGAUUGAUAGGAUAUGAACAUCCAAGAGCGAAAUAAAGGUUAAAAUUUCAGGAACUUAAUAACGACAUGGUAUCUGCAAAAUCUGAGCCUCUUUGUUGGUGCCGCCGGACAGUCCCUACAGUUCCAACUUUGGCCGGGAGGGGGCGGACGUUUCCAGCGAAACCAAGCUGGUCCCAGGAGAACAGACACCUGUUUCUCAGAAACCAAGGGAGGGGGGACUAUGGGGUUUCCUUGGAUGGAAGGUGGCCUGGGUCCCCUUAAGGAAUUUGGAGAAAUGUUUGAAUCAAUGAAGGGUCACGCCUAAGGGGAUAAAGACCCUCGAGAGGAGAGCGCGGGCACCCUUUUUCUCCACCUGUUUCCCCCGCUCUGGGACAAGAAGGCAUCUUUGGCGCCAAAUGCUACUUUUCUCAGCCCUCAGAUAGGAAGAAUUUAAAGGCCAAAAGAUGUCAAAAGAUCAAAAUGUAAUUGCUUCAGGCACUCAGGAGGAUGCUGAGGGAUGGAUGUUUUGAGGUUUUGCUAAGCUUGAAGGCCCAGGACUGUGGGGAGAGAGAAUUCAGAACUCUCAGUGAGCCCCAGAGGGCUUGAAGAGUCAGGGAAAGGAUACUCCCUAUACGCUAGCCUUUUUUCUUUUUCUUUCUUUUUUCUUGGCACAUCAGGGCAUUGAAUUUUCUCAAACCUCUGUUUCUCUUUGAAGGACAUGUGUUGAGCACCCAAGCCAUACAGGGCUCUGAGAUGGGCAGUCACCACAAAGAUGAAUCAUACUUUCUCUGCUUCUCCCAGUGUCUCCCAUGGCUCCUCAAUCCUCACACCCAAGGCCCCUGGAACUCCCUCCCUCCACCUCUUUCCAGGUUCCCCGUUGAGAGGUGGCCGUUGCCAUGGUAACAAUGACACAGUGACCUUGGGCCUGGGCUGUCCCUCCCCCAACCCUGGUGCUCUUAGACGAGCCUAAAAGGGAAUUCUAACCCUGCCUCUCCCUCUCAGCCUUCAGAUUCUUCCCCCCUUCAAUCCGUGUUCUUUUAUCCCCAGUCAAGACAAACCCUUGUCGAGAAGUUCUGCAUAGAAUAUCUCUAAACUGGGCUAUGGAGAAAUGCCCUUAGCUUUCCAUGUUCUGGGACAUGUGGAUCAAGCUGUCUCCGCCCUGCUAGAGGCUCCACCCCACCUAUGUUUCUUCUGAUCACAGCCUCAGUUCCCAAUGGCUGGAGGUGGGAAAGAGAGGUCUGGGGAUAAGAAGAGGCAUCGAGGCCAAGCAACCGCCGCUGGCUUGCCGAGAUCAUGGAACUUGUCACAACAGUCACAACCUCAAAUGCAUAACAGCUAACUCUCCCACUGAGCGCUUCCUACGAGUCAAGGAUCUGUGGGCACCAUACGGGCAUAGUUUAAUUAACCUCACUCUGAAGACAAAGAAACCGAGGCACAGAAGGUGAAGCCAUAGACUAUCCCAGGCCCAAAGACCACACUAUGGUUUUUUUAUGCAAGAACUCAACAGCCAUUUCUUUUCCCCCUCCAUCCUCACUAUCCUUCAGAGUUGAACUGGCUUUUCGGGUAGAACUGCAAAUAACCCAAUCAGAAAGGACCAUGUAGGUGACUCGCCCAAUCAAGAGCAAAUCUGGAAAGCAAAGACUAACCAAAGGGGCGGAGGGGUGGUUCGAUGGGUUCAGUCUUUUAAGAAGUACCAGCACCCUGAUGUUAACUUAUUUAUUUACUUUUUAAAAUUUUGAUGUAUUUUAUUACAUUGUAUUUGUGUGU